CUUGGUUAAGGGAGAGUUGUGGCUCUGCGGCGGACGAGAAGUGCAUCCAGCGGGAAUACUUCGUCAUGGCACCUAUUGGAGGGAGCUCUAAAGCAAAGAAGGGUAUUUUAGAACGGCUGGAUGCUGGAGAAAUUGUGAUUGGUGAUGGAGGAUUUGUCAUUGCUCUUGAAAAGAGAGGUUAUGUAAAAGCUGGACCUUGGACUCCUGAAGCUACAGUGGAAAACCCUGAAGCAGUUCGUCAGCUUCAUCGAGAAUUCCUCAGGGCUGGAGCAAAUGUUUUACAGACAUUCAGCUUUUAUGCCAGUGAUGAUAAAUUAGAGAACAGAGGAAACUAUGCAGCUGAUAAAUUUUCUGGGCAGAGAAUAAAUGAAGCUGCUUGUGACAUUGCAAAAGAAGUUGCUCAAGAAGGUGAUGCUUUGGUGGCUGGAGGUGUUAGUCAAACACCUUCAUACUUAAGCAGCAAGAGUAAAACUGAAGUGAAAGCAAUCUUUCGAAAGCAGUUGCAAGUUUUUAUCAAAAAAGAAGUGGAUUUCCUGAUUGCAGAGUAUUUUGAACAUGUUGAAGAAGCCACAUGGGCAGUUGAAACUUUAAAAGAAUCUGGGUUGCCAGUUGCAGUUACUCUGUGCAUUGGCCCAGAAGGAGACAUGGAUGGUGUACCACCAGGAGAAUGUGCUGUUCGGCUAGUUAAUGCUGGGGCUUCUAUUGUUGGAGUAAACUGCCACUUUGAUCCAGUUACUUGUCUUAGAACUAUAAAACUCAUGAAGGAAGGUUUGGCAACUGCGAAACUAAAAGCACACCUGAUGUCACAGCCACUUGCUUUUCAUACCCCUGAUUGUGGGAAGCAGGGUUUCAUUGAUCUACCAGAGUUUCCUUUUGCUUUGGAGCCAAGAAUUUUAACCCGAUGGGAUGUUCACAAAUAUGCAAGAGAAGCUUACAAUUUAGGGAUCAGAUACAUUGGAGGCUGCUGUGGAUUUGAACCAUAUCAUAUCAGAGCAAUUGCUGAAGAACUGGCCCCAGAAAAGGGUUUUUUACCCCGGGCAUCUGAAAAACAUGGUAGCUGGGGGAGUGAUUUGAGUAUGCAUACUAAACCCUGGGUUAGAGCAAGGGCUAGAAAAGAGUACUGGGAGAAUAUGUUACCUGCUUCAGGUCGGCCGUAUUGUCCCUCACUGUCAAAGCCAGAUGAUUGGGAAAUGACCAAGGGCGAUCUGAUACAGCAGAAAGAAGCAACAACUGAACAACAGCUGAAAGAGCUUUUCAAGAAACAAACAUUCAAAUCCAAAACUGUACCGUAAAUUAGCAGCAAUUUAAUAGCAAUAAAAAUUGCAAAAAAAUUGCAAUCAUUAUUAAAUGAGCCGAUGAUACAGGCAAAUGUAAUUCAUA